AUGGAGAAUCCUGAGAAUAAGAAAAAAGAAGAAGAGAGCAUUCCACCAAAGCAGACAGUUAAACCGAGGAUACCGUAUCCUAACCAUUUGAAAGCUCACAAGGAUGAUGUUCAAUUUUCUAAAUUUCUUGAAGUUUUUAAGAAAUUGCAUAUUAUUAUCCCUUUUGAAGAUGCCUUGGCACAAAAUCCCUCAUAUGUGAAAUUUCUAAAAGACAUCCUCUCUAACAAGAGGAAGAUUGAGGAGCAUGCAGCAGUUGCAUUCACUGAAAAGAAACGGGGAUUGGGAGAAGUGCAACCAACGAGUGUGACCCUUCAGCUAGCUGACAGAUCCAUAAAAUACGCAUAUGGGAUUGUUGAAGAUGUGUUGAUCAAAGUAAACAAAUUCUACUUCCCAGUUGAUUUUGUGGUUUUGGACAUGGAUGAAGACAAAGAGAUACCCAUGAUCCUUGGCCGACCGUUCCUAGCUACUGGGGGAGCAGCAAAACAUAUAUUAGAGUCAGAUGAAUGCUACCGAUUGGAUGUUACUGACCAAAUAAUUAGAGAAGUUUACGAGCAACAAGAAUCUGGUGACUAA